AUGACUUCUCCAGUCGGCGGGUUCCCUUCUACCCAAGUUUUUCGUCUGCUUUUGGGGGUGCACGGCGGCGGUGUAUAUUGGCGGCGUUUGGUGGUGAUAGACCUAUUUCUCUUCUUCGAUUUCGUCAGUGUGAGCAUCACGACACCUCCGAAGCCUUCGGUUCAGCACAUUGGUCCACUAUCCAAUCCAAGGAUACAGACCAGGUUUUUUCUUGCUCGUGACGUUUCUGUUGUUGUGGCGAUGCCUGAGGCAGUUGCCUACAAAAUGUUCGAUGAUAUGCCUCUUUGGGACAACAACACAACAUGGAUUAAUCAAGAGUUGUCUGUAGCACAUACCAUGUCAACGUGUGAAGAGAUCAAUUUGGUUGCUGUGCAGGUGGAGAGUGUUGGAAUGGUGAGAAGAUAUGCAUACCUCUCUCUUGGAUAUCAUCUAAAGGGUUUGGAAGGAAGUCUUGUUCAGGUUAUAGGUUUUAAAUUAGCAAAAAAAAAUGGUGGCUUUGGAGAUGUUAUUAUGUCCUUGGGUUUGACUGUUGGUGAGCAGUCUCGUCUGAUGGCAGUUUGGUUGAGUAGUCCAACCGCUGAUCAUGUGUCCAUCGUUGCUUGUGCUUUGAAAUAUAUUGAGCGCAAGCCGAUAACAAUGCGAACGAUGAUGAAUGACAACAAAUUCUGUGUUGAUGAUCAUGAUGGUAUUGUUUUUAUUCUAGCUCAUUUGGAUCGUCUUCCCUUUCAACUUCGCAAGUGGAGGAUAUCAGUUGGUGAUAUUGUUAUUAGUGUAUAUCCAAUUAAAAGUAUUGUGCAAAGGACGGGCUCUUCCAGAGCUUUUAUGGAUAUUUCAAUAAGGAUCAAGGUUGUUUCUCAAAACAAUACAAUUGCUCCUGAAGCUGUAGUACCAUUUACUUUAGAAAUUGAAGUAGUGUCUUUAUUUGUUUUGGACAAUCUUGAUUUAGUUGUUGGAGACAAAUCUCAGCUUAUUGCUGCUAAAGGGUUGACCAGUGAUAAUAUGUUGAAAUUAGUUGCUCGUGUGUUGAAGCAGAAUCGUGGUGGUCAUUAUCUUUCUAUGUGUAAGUUUGCCUACGAUUCGAAUAAUGGCACUGUGUAUGUCAAGGUGACUGGAGAAGAGGAUGCAAAUCUGAUGGCUAGGAGAUCAUUUAAGGUUGCAGGCGAAAGGAUGUCGUUCUAUCGCGUUUUGAGUAUCAGUGUUCGUCCAGUAGAAGAAGACUCUUACCAGAGUGCUAGAUGCCAUCGGAUUUUCCCUUUUAACUUUUCUUGA